AUGCUACACCAAAUGAGAGACCUCCAUCCACGUCAGAGAUCUGCAUCGUCAGAAGAUGAUGGCAGUGAUAAGUCGUCUGAAAGCGACUCAAAUUUGCUGCUAUUUUUCAGUGCAGGGCCAGAUUAUUCAUCUAUGGAACCAGCAGAAACAGAUGCUGAAGACAAUGAUGAUAAUGCCAAUAACAAAAGAGACCAAACUCACAUCAGCUGGACAAUGGUAUUCAAAGGUAUGCCAACACCAAAGAGAUUACGGGACCUGAUAAGAGAGAUCCGAUCAGCCCGUACAGCAGCAGAUGAACGUUCUGUAGUGAACAAAGAAUGUGCCCAAAUUAGAGAUUCUUUCAGAGAUGAAGAUAACACUUACCGGUGUCGAAAUGUGGCAAAACUGUUAUAUAUACACAUGCUUGGCUACCCAGCACAUUUUGGGCAGCUGGAAUGUUUGAAGUUGAUAGCCUCAUCUCGUUUCACUGACAAACGAAUUGGUUAUUUGGGAGCAAUGUUACUUUUGGAUGAAAGACAGGACGUUCACCUUCUGAUUACAAACUCAUUAAAAAAUGAUCUUACUCAUCAGAACCAAUAUAUCCAGAGUCUGGCAUUAUGUACCUUAGGUUCUGUUUGUUCUACAGAAAUGAGCAGAGAUUUGGCUGGAGAAGUUGAAAAAUUGUUAAAAUCUUCAAAUGCUUAUAUAAAGAAAAAGGCAACUCUUUGUGCUUUCCGAAUUAUCAGAAAAGUUCCAGAUUUAAUGGAGAUGUUCAUUCCAGCUACCAGGUCUUUGCUCAAUGAGAAAAACCAUGGUGAGUGGAGAAGUUUUAAUUUAUUUUUUCUCUUAAAAAAUUAA